AUGGCAGCGAGGGCCCUCUCCAAAGUUGUCGCUCAGGAAGCAACAGAGGGGGCGGUGCUCAAAGUAGGAAGUUCAGUCACAGGCAUCGACGACGAAGAAGAGUCAUCGGGUGGCGGCUCGUUUGCGAACAACCUCAUCGACGGCAUGGCGGAAGGCGUGGUACUCGCAGCCGCGUGGUUCACGGUGCGCAUGAUCUGCCAAGUGAGCUACAAGGCGAUCAAGUCCUACCGGGAGGGGAAGCGCGAGGGGAACCCCAACAACCCGCAGCUCACAGGAAAAGAAGAGGAACAAGCUUUUUUCGAGGUGUGCGGCGAAGGUCCACUCCCAUGGGACCCUGCUGGGUGCAGCACGGCCGGCAUGCACGGCCACAGCGCGGAGGCUUUGCGCCAACAAGACGAUCGGCUGUGGAUCGAGGAGCUUCGCCGCGCUUCAGACGUUAGCAGCCGCGACAACCUUCGGUUGUUGGAUGAGAUCAAGGUCGUGGGCGACAAAAUCGACAAUCUUCCCCUCGAGGCGCUGUACGACAAGCUGAGGCACUCGAUGAAGUUGCUGCUCGAGUACCAGCAGAACCCCCGCUUCCGGACUGCCUAUGAGACCCUCCAGCAGGCCGAAGCUGCCGCGAGAGAGGUCUACACAAACGAAAAGUCGCUCGUGAUGAACCUGAGCGCGCUGCGCAUUCGGAUCGUCAUCACCUACCUCCACUGCCCGAAGCACAGCCAGGGGCAGGAGACCAGCAUGAACGACAAGGCUCUGGACAAGGAGCAGUGCCAGCUCUACAUCACCAACGCCCUCAAGCAAGGAACUCUGGAGACUCUGUGCCGGUCGUUCCUCUCCUCGCGGGACAGCGAGGACAGCAAGCUCCGCGAGAGGGUGGCCAAGGACGCCGUGGUGGCUUUCGACAUCAUCCUGGAGGUCCUGGCCAGCGUGUACAUGCUCGAGCCGUUUACUCCCUCGCAGGGCCCCCUGCCGAAAGACGUGCCUGACAUCGUCAUCCACGCCCUGUCCGCGUACUGCCAAAGCGGGAUGGGCAAGUCGGCUCUCUACGCGGACCUCGCGCGGUCACUCAAAGCCUGGCAGGACACGCCGGAGAGGCAGGAUAAGCAAGCCCUGCAAGCCCUGUACUCGUCCACAAACGGGCCGAAGUGGGCGUGCAACGAGGGCUGGGACACCCUGCUCGAGACCCCGCUGUCGUGCCUGUACGGCGUCACCACGGAGGGCGGGAUGGUCACCAAGAUCUGCCUCGGGGCCAACGACUUGGACGGCCGCCUCCCCCCGGAACUGGGCAAGCUGCGUUUCUUGCAGGAGCUCUCUCUCCCCGGAAACAAGCUCUUCGGGAGAAUACCCAAAUCGUUGUGGGAGCUCCCCAGUCUGCGCGUGGUGGCUCUGCACAAGAACAAGUUCUCAGCCACCCCUCCGGCGAAUUUCGCGCCCGCGCUACCCGUCCCCCUUUCAAUGGAGGGCGCAGCUGGUGGCGCGCCCAAGCCACCUCCACGGCGGCGUCGCUGCCUUGCGGGCAAGGUGGAGGCGUGCCAUCCCGGCCGCAUAGAGCUGUACGACGGAGAGUGGUUCACGUGCUCGUGGAAGAUCUGCAACAGCGGAGGGCUUGUUUUCCCCAGACACACCAGGCUCUCCAGGUCCAGCGACGAGUAUUCCGGCAUCGGAGGGGCUGAGUUUGUCAUGGUCAACCCCCUCAGGCCUGGAGAGGAGCAGGUCGUCAGCGUCAUGCAGCAGGCGCCAAACCAUGAGGCGUGGUGUAAGGACGAGUGGGCCCUUGUCGGCGAGGGCCUGGACUUCUGGGACGAGGACGACGCGAAGGCUCAGACGCCCACCAUCACGGUCAUCAUGCGCGGCAGCGGCGCCGAGAAGAGCGCCGACAUGAACGCCAACCUGCCCACGCUUGCCAACACGGUGUUCGUUGCGGCCAGGCAGCGGCACCGAUCUUCCACCUACUCCUCCGGAUCCUCUCACCGCUAUUCCGUCAGCCUUGAGCCUCCUCCUCCUCCGUACUCCUUCUCUUGAGACACCCGGGUGCGCGCGCCCUUGGUGGACCCGCGCGUAGGGGUCCCCGCCCCAGGCGAGGGAGAGCACGACUACCGACGAAGAGCUGCGGGACCGGCUUACAGUUCGUUCGAUGCGCGGAAGAGGCUCAUGAACAGUCAGAAAACGGCUGUCUAGCCUCGAACAAUUUGGGGCCUGAGCUCUUGACAGAAUUGUUCACCACCCCCCGAAAAAAUAAAAUGUCCACGCUAGAGAUACCCGCUUAAAGUGGACUUGUUGACGUCGUGACAGUGAGUACCUGGUUGAUAUGUAAUUGACUUGUUUGAUAAUGUUUUUACGCCUUAUGCACGGAGAAGGCAGGGACGUCAGCCGGAACAAUAAACGCGUUUUUAACGGAGACGGUGUCCGCGUUUAGUUUCGCCAGGCGAACACGAACAAAUUGCCGAGUUUUUGACGGGACUACAAGGGAUGGAUGCGAGUACUGGCCCUCUCGGCAGUGGUAGAAUUUAUGUGGGAGAUGUGAGUGAACGACGCGUGGCUGUUUGGUGUGUGGUAGCGUGAUGUAGCGGGCGUUGGCGAUGCCUCACCACGGUGAGACAUCGAGGCCGCGACGUUCUCCGAUCGGCCUUCUGCGGCGUCAAUUUCUGCGUACAGAGGCGUCGUCGGAGUCGCAGAGAACGGUUGAACCGGAAACGCCACCCGCAGCAAUGGCUUUGGUGGGGAGUGCCCUCUGGAGCGAGCCUCAAAGGCGCGGCAUGAUUUUCACACUCAUGCGGCCCUUCCGCGCCCUUCCCCCUGGUCCGUGAACAUGGCACGUACCCUUCAGAGUUGUAGUACUGUGGGGCUAUUUACAUGUUGACUCUACUUGUCAGAAUUCAUUGUUUGAGCUUGUUUGAGAUUUUCUGGCUUGGCUUUGCAGUCCAAGGCUGUAUAUUAUUUUGUUGUUUGUCUUCUUGUAUGGAUCUUUCCCGCUGCAUGGUCGCCGUUGGCCUGGUGAGUCGUUUUAGGCGUUCCAUUGUAACGGCGCUGGGUGUAAAAAUAUUUUUGAGAGAGCGUGGGACAGGGGGGGCAACCUUGGUUCAUUUUUUUGGCACCGAGGCGGAUUUAAAAAAAAAUCACGGCGAUCGAGUUGACCUUAAGUUUGUCAUAUCCUGUAUCAACUCGGGUGCGCUUACAGGAGACUGCCCGUAUUGCCUGAUGUCCCCGGUGCGCGAUUCCCUGCUGAAAUAUUUCCUGGUUAGUGAUAGACCCGACAACCUACGUUGUCUGCUCACACGCCAUAUACAAACGGCGCGCAAAAUGUGGGUUUGCAGGAUCAUGUCGAGUACACUAUUAGCAUCUUGCUGAUGGCGUGAGUGUUUAGGUUAUGGCCGCGUGCACUUUAAAACGGAAGGAAGUGAGUGUGAUGUGAGUCGAAAGCUCAUUAGUUGUUGGUAUCCGUGUAGGAUACAAAAGUUGCUUGUGAAUCAUGUUCGGAGUAUUUAUGUCGACAAUGAAUUUCCUUCUUUGCGUCCGUUUGGUCUUCAACUUUAUGUUCGGGUCUGCCCUGUUCUGCAUUAUAUUUUCUGUAGAUCGUGGAACUCUUCAAUAAUUAUCUUCGAAGGUCAGGCAUUAGAUCAUUCUUUUGAGCUGUUUUUUGUUGUAUCACACGGUAGCUUGCAUACCACAUUGGGUAACUUGUAUCACCAGAGCGAAGUUGACUCAUUUGCCUUGAAGAACGAGUAGAAAAUACGGGGAUAGAUAGCGGUGAGUAGAGUUUUCUUUUUAAGACAAUAUAUAGCG